AUGCAAUAUAUUGAGAUAGAUGAGAGCAAGUUUGGAAGAAGAAAAUAUAACAGAGGGCAUCACGUUGGAAGAGUAUGGGUCUUUGGUGGUGUAGAAAGAAGAACUAAGAAGAUUUUUCUCAUACCUGUUGAAAAAAGAAACAAAGAAACAUUAGAAAAUAUUCUGAAGGCCCAAAUAAAUCUUUAUAGUAUUAUUUAUUCUGAUUGCUGGAAAGCAUACAACGAUCUAAAAAAUAUUUUUUUUUGCUCAUAA